AUGGCUAACAUAAGUGAAUCGCAGACCAGAUUGCUCUCUACCCUUCGCCUCCUUAUUCCUCGAUUGCGUCUCUUACAGAAGAAAGACACCGCCUCUUCGGUUGCUCAGCGCCGCGAGCUCUCCCAACUCCUCAGUGAAGGGCGCGAUGCAUCAGCGCGCAUCCGAGUCGAGAAUGUCAUCGCCACAGAUAUCGCGGUUGAAGUGAUGGAGAUGGUGGAGCUCUACUGUGAACUACUACUGGCACGCGCCAACGUGUUGGACCAACUGGCCUUCGGCGAACAAGGCACCCGCGCGCGCCAACGCGCAAAGGAACAACUCAAGAAACGUACCCAGGCGCAAGCUGCCGCCGCAGGAUCAACAACCACGGCAGCCAAGGGUGCUAGCGAAAGCACCGGCUCGCGAUUCGGGUUCUCAUGGCUGGGGGGCGGAGGGCAGAAGAAAGAGGCCGAGCGGGCUAGCGCCUCCAUUGCUGGACCCGCGGACGGGGACACCAUCACCGACGAGGAUAACCCAUACCUGGAUACCGCGCUUGAUGAAGCUGCUGUUGUGGUCUUCUACGCGUGGAACCGCUUUCCACACGAGGUGCGCGAGUUCACGAUGCUCCGCACUAUGCUGGACGAACGUUAUGGCAAGGAGUUCCGCAUGCUGGCAACCGAAAACAAAGUCGACGGGGUUAGUGUGCCUGAUCGGCUGCUCAAGGGGCUGCGUGUGCGCCCGCCCGGACAGGAACUUGUGGAUAGCUACCUCAGAGAGAUCGCGAAGGCAUACGGUGUUGAAUGGCAUGGGCUUGAGGAAGAUACACCGGAACUUGGCAGCGCCCCUGAAUUUGUGGAUGAUUUGGGCGAGCCUGAACUACCACAAACACCUAGCAAGCAGGGAGAACCUGAUUUGACCGAGGCGCGACGGGCAUCGGAAACCAGUGAACUGAAUAAGGCGACGCCCCCGCGGGGACUUGCAGCCGGUCGCAGCCCUGUCGUUGUUGCGCCACCAGCUCCCAGGACCGACAAUCCCAACCCGCGAGUCAAGGUUCCCGGGACGGAUGACAAGGUCGACGGUUCGAAUAACGAUGCAGCGGGUGGUCCCCCUAAGAAGACUACCAAUGGGAUUCCUGAGUUGGACGAGUUAACGCGGCGAUUUGCAGACUUGAAGCGGAAGCCCUGA